AUGUCCCGGAGGAGGUCAACUGGUGACCUGGUUCCCUGGGACGUCACUGAGAUCGUCGGCCGUGAGGUGAAAGCUCAACGUAGCCACAGGAAGCCCGGAAGCUCCCUGGGACAGGCCAUCAGCUGGCUGAGAAGCAGCCAGAAGAAGAAGAAGAAAGCAAAGAAGAGCGUCGAUAACGGAGGGAGACAGCAGGCUGUGGCUGACGUACUUCAGAACCAUGAUGCUGCAAAAGCUGGCAGCAAAGCCAACGAUGAGCAGAAGAAGUUGACCGUACACUUCUCAGCCACUCAACACUUCCAAGAAAAUGUUUUCAUAGAAGGCGACCGGUCUCAGUACCUGGAGGACCUUCAUUCGGAGGCUCUUGAGGGACUGAAAAUACUACAACAGAAAGGUCAGCAAGAGCAUGAGAGUGGAGUGACCUUUACUGAAGAUGAAAGCCUUUCUGCUUCGUCAGACACGGCACAUCAAGACAACCUUAGCCACAAAGAUGAGGGGGGCUCUUUGGAAUCAAAAUCCAACUCAGGGAUUACUGAUAUGAGAACGUCUGUUUUGACCAAACCUGUGCUUACACGUCAAGGUUCGACAUUCAGGCCUCUGCAUCCGGUGAAAAGGUUAGAAAAGUGCAGAAAGAGAACUAGACGGACUACCAUUAUGGGUAUUCCAAACCAGGUCCAGAAAGAACUUGGAUUCCACAGUGGCUCUACUUUCCAACAGACUGUUUCCACUCAGCUACCCAAUCACAACAGCCAAACGGGUGUUUUUAUCAUUCCUACCGUUGAAGGAGGGACACCAAUGAUGGCCAAGGAAGGAGCGAGGGUGCAUCUAUCAGAGCUGGAACAGGUAUGUGGUGAUAAUCAGCAGAUGAAAUCGCAUCCGAAGCAAGUGUACAAGGAUGAGGAACCCUUGAACCACCAGGGGUUUGGAACCCAUCACUAUCGGUCAUCUGUCAUCAGACCAAAGUCUGUUGCAGUACCUGGAAUGACAACCUUUACUUCCUUCAAUCCUUUAAUGAAUAACUUGCUUGUGGAAUCCCAGGGUCCAGUGAUGUCAGUAUCUCCUCAGGCUACCUACCUAUCAACAAUUAUUCCAAAUGCGGUGCUGCCAGCUUCAGUUGAAGUUAUCGAGAUUGACUGUGGCUGCCAACGAGGCAACAGUGUCAACCAUAGUGGAAGUGUUCACACUGUAAGCAAAAGCAGCCUGGCCUCUGCAGGUUCAUCAGCGAGCCCCUUUCUUUCCAGAAAAUUAGAUAAUGACGGUUCCCAAACAGAGAGUUCAAUCAAGCACUCCGCAACUGAUGGCACCACACACAAAGUGGAUUUCAAUCUCCAGGAAAGUUGUGUCGAUUCUAGAAGCGGCCAAGAACUCACCAGCCUCCACAACUCUGAGAAUCUCAGUAGUCAUACUGAAAAAUCAACAACGAACAAACCUUCUGAGCUGGCCAUUCCAUGUGCCCGAGGGGAUAAUGCAAAGAUCAAACGCAAUUCCACUCGAAGUCUUUCAAUUAUCAAGACCAAGCUACCUCCAGCACCCCCACGAAGAUCAAACUCUCUUUACAACAAUAAGAUUCAGCCCAAUUCGAAAGGUCAGCUGGACGAAAAUGCAAAUUGUUCUGCUUCUCAAGUAACUAUUAAAGCAAAUGCACCAGCCAGUGAGGAAUUAGAACAAGUUACAGCAGAAGGAAACAAGAUCCUGGAUCCUACGUUAACUUUUACAAAAUCCAUUUCACACGCCUCCUCUAGUCCUAUAGGUUCCACACAGGCUUCUUCUGGUGAGACAAGAAGUACGGCAGCAGAGUCAGUCUCAGAAAUAAACACCUCUUUGCCAAAGAAAACGUCCUCAGAAGGUGAGACAUUUGAACGGACCAUCUCACCUUCCAGUGGAUACUCUAGUCAAAGUGGCACCCCAACACUUUCUGCAAAGGAGAUCACCCCGACAUCUCCAGAUAAACAGAAAAUGAAACCAGUUAAGCCAGAAAGAUCUGUCUCUCGGGCUUCAUCCUCAGCCUCUCCUUCCUCAUCACUUACCUCCCUAUCCUCUGGUACAUCCGAACCUGUGAAUACGGAUGUUUCCAGUUCUUGCACUACUAGUUUGCCCCCAGUUUCUGUAAAAGAAUUCUCUUCAUCUUUGGGAAUGGAUGCCAGGGAGCUGUGGAAUGUCCCACCACCUCCCAAGGUAAAAGCACCAUGUCCUCCUCCUCCUGAGACGUGGGCUCAGAACAGCCACACUUUUGCGCUCCUGUGUGCUCCUAGCCCCCAAGUCAGCAAAGUAUUAAUGGAAUCAACAAAGACAACACAGUGUGCAGUGACUCCAGUUAAACCUGAAGAAAGCCAAACCGAAACCGGUGAGUUCAAUAAUGAUGAAAAAACUAAAGAAAAAACUGAAGCCUCUGAAAUAAAAUCAAAGGCUGAACAAUUGUUAUGUGCCAUUCCUGGGAAUGACCAUCAGGAUCAACAAAGUUUGGAAUGUCCGAACGCACAAGAAAAUACAGUUUUACCUAAGGACAGGAUAGAAGAAACAGUAGAGGUGCAAGGAAAAGCGACUUGUAUCAUCACAAUGAAUGACUCCAGUAAUUGUAACAUUACCAUAAAAAAAGAACCACCCCCUGUCAUGAAGAAACCACUACUUAAAGAAGAUAGGAGGUUGCCAGAGAGGCAACAAACUGAAAGUUGCAACAUUACCAAUGAAGAAACUACAACCUCUAUCGAUGAGAGUGAAGAUAAGAUAAACACAACAGAAAACCCAUCAAUACCAGUAAAUUCUGUAGAACCCCUCAUCAUUAACAAAACCUCACCGCCUCCUUCUCCACCACCGGCCUACCAGCCUACACCUCCUCUAACGAGAAAAUCACCUCCCACCUCUGUAUCAACAUCAGCAGUCGAGUCAGAAGAAGUACAGGAGGAGAGCCGCACUGCAGAAUCGUCCUGGCCACCACCUCCACCUCCUUUAGAGGGAGAUUCCGUCUUUGAUGGAGGGGAUGAGCUCGAGUUUCCGCUUCCACCUCCACCAGUGGUGACAGAAAAUAUUCCAGCUGUGGAUGACACUUGUUCCAAACAGAUGGAUGGUUCAGAGACACAAAUUCCACCUUUGGAGGAAUUUGUAAAAACAAAGCUGGUCUCCAGUGAUGCAGAGACAUCUAUACCAUCGGAUCCAGUUUUGCCUCGAACUGAUGUUUGUGACAAGAAAUACACAGAAACUUCACAGGGGCACAUAGACACUAUUUCACCUGUUUUGGACAACCCACCAUCAUCACUCAUCAGUCCAUCGGAUAUGCAGCCAUCAGUCUCUGCAAUAACUUCUUACAGUAGUUUCCUCAAACGACGCUCUCUUGAGAUUCAAAGUCACUCUACAACUGAACCUACCAUCACUUCACAACCCCUUACCCUGGUUACUUCCUCUUUACCAAUGGAGAACAUUACAGCCGGGGUUGCCUUUAGAAGGCCACCCAAUACUGCACAUAGAGACAACAGGGGCAAGGAGCUUCUAGCUCGCCACAAAAGCGCACCUAUUCCUAAAGAGGAUGCUAACAUACCUCUAGUCACACCCUCUUUACUUCACAUGGUCCGUCUACGUACAGUCAAUACACCUGAGGAUGGUGUGGAUGCACCCUCUGAGGGGAAGUCAACCAACGAGGGAGCUUCAGUUCAGGAUAUUUCUGGAGCCCCAAUUGUAGGACAGCAAAAGACACCACCAAAGCCGACCCGCAAGGCACUUAAAUCUCCUCCUCCAGUGGGGAAAACAUAUAUGGCACCUAACACCCCAUCCAUGCGAUUACAAGAAGCCAUUCGGAUAAAAACUGCAGCGCUGUCAUCAAGGGACAGUCUUCCAUGCCGAAGGGGGUUGAGACCAUCAUACCACUAUGCGAAUGAACCAGGGGUGUUGUCGCUCAAAUCAUCUGAAGCGUACGACACACAGAGGUUGCCAGCAUCUACUGCAAGCUUCAUCUUUUCAAGGAGAACCAAACAGGUUGUUAAUGAAACUGGUGCUGCUUCUUCACCCGAAGUUCAGGCUAAUGUGAAGCAAGGUUUAGCGGCCGAGCUGAUGCAGUUUUCUGACCAAACAAGUACGGCAGCUUACUUGAGCAGUGGUUUGAGGUCUGAUCGCGUUCCGCCACCAGUAGCUAGGAAACCUUUGCAAGGCAGUAUCAGUUUAUCACAAGAUCACCCCACUUGUCCAGCUAGAACGGAACCCGGUGUUCCUACCGGAGAUGCAACCGGAGCACAACAAAAUUCCAAGGGAAUAGCACUACCUGAGACAACGACAAGAGUGACCGCAGACACAAUUGAAACACUGUUUUGA